AUGUCUACAUUCGGCAGCGUAACGGCGUCGAUCAAGUCCGAAAAGUAUUACUUCUUCACCAUGACACAGGUACUCGGCUCCGUUCCUAUUAUCACGUCAUUAAUGUAAGUCUUAUUAUUAAAUUGACAUAACACCCGUCCUUUCCCUCCCCCCCCUCAUCUAUUGUUAUUCCUUUUGAGAAGAUCAACUUAAGUUCCAACGGAAAUCCACAAAUUGUGUAGAAAGUUUUGACAAUAAACUUUCUCUAAAUUAAUCAAAAACUAUAAAUCAAUCAUAAAUUUCAAGGUAUAUCGUCGCAACGGUGAGCUUGGCUGUCCAACAUUAUCGGAUUUAUCAAUUCAAGUUCACCAGUGUCGCCUACAUAACUCCUGAAAGCUCAAUUGCCACCGUACCUCGAAACUCCAAGCCUCGGCAUCAACAUCGGCCACACAGAAACACUGGUCCACCAAAACCACAGCCUAGACGAAGGUCUAUGUGGUAA